AUGAUGCUAUCAUUCCAGAUCGGCAAGCCGGCCCGACAGCAGGAAUCCGGAGAACCCAAAGCAAAGCGUGCUAAGAUCAGCGUAGCCUGUAACAUCUGCAAGGCCAGAAAGACAAAAUGUGACGGUGUCAGACCAGUGUGUGGUGCCUGUUCGAAGAGGAAACAGAUUUGCAUCUAUCGUGAAGCUGAGGAAGCCUCACCUUUGGGUGUAGAAAGGACUAUUGGCAAAGAUGCAGGCCAGUUAAGAGAUAGCAACGAAUUGCCUAGAACUUCUCCAAAAGCCCGCGCAGAACAAUCCCGCUCUUACCAAGAGAUUGUACCCACCGGGAGUCUGUUCGGUGCAUCUAGUGGCGCGCACAUCAUACCAUUGACUGAAAAAACCACAGUUUCGAGAAGUUUCUUUGAUAGUACAACAGAUAAAGGUGCUGGAGCUCUGACAAAACCACCCAAGGAGCUACCCAAAUUACGAAAACGGCACUUGGCACAAGACUCGGAUAUGCAGUUUGCCAUCCCCCCAAGGAAAAUAGCAGAUGAGAUGCUGAAUUCAUAUUGGGACUAUGUGGACAGCGCAUACCCAUGGCUUGACCGACCUUCUAUAGAAAGUGCGUACGAGACGCUAUGGACAAAGGAUGGAGAAGUGCCUAUGAAUGAGCGAGCCCUCCAUUGCAUCCUCAAUCUCAUAUUUGCUACAUCAUGUGUGGCCUCUCAGGGUCAAUCCCUUGCUUCUCGCUAUGAGUCCUCGAGUGUCUUUUUUGACCGGGCUCAGCAACUCAUGUCCUGCGAGCUGAUGAGCAUUUAUAACUUCGAAAUUAUCCAGAUUCUUUUGCUCACUGCGGUAUAUCUUCAACAUGAAAGGGUACCUCAAAAAUGUUUCAGAAACAUCGGAAUGGCAAUUCAUAUCGCUCAAGAAUUGGGUUUGCAUCUUCGUGAAACAACUGAAGCUAUCAGAGACCCACGUGAACGAGGUCUUGCUCGUCAGGUUUGGAAUGGAUGUAUUAUCAUGGAUAGACUUGAGGUAGACUUGAACAACUGGGCGGGUAGCCUCCACCCAUUCUUUCAAUCACCUUCGGACACGGCGGACCCGACGCCCACCAAGCAUAUCAUUCGCGAGGCAAACGUUUUACGGGCCAGGUAUCUCUGUGUUCGACUCCUCCUCUUCAGGCCGUUUCUCCUUCAAAUCCAGCAGCAUAAUUUGGAUACUGCUACAACUGCCUGUAUUUACAGAGAUGAACAAUUACUACCCCAUGUUGUCUCGCAAUGCCAAAUCCAUUGCAUCCAAGCCGCUGCCGACAUAAUUGAUUUCAUCGUACGAAAUUUGCCGGAGCGAACACAAGCCCACAUAUUACCAUCAAAUUGGUAUACUGUCUCAUACGUAUACAUGGCUGUGACUGUCUUACUAGCAGCCAAAAUGUCAGCGUGGAUAGUGGAUCAUUUUUCCCGGGCUCGCCUGGAUAGCCUUCUGCGACAGGCUCGUGACAUUCUCAAGAACUAUGAACAGCAUACUACCCUGGCGUCGCGGUGCAGCUCUGUCCUUGGACUCAUUGAGAGAAAUAUCGAUAGGCGUGGAUCGGGAGACGCCGGCCACGUUGAAACUUGGCAAAGCGCCAGUGACAAUGACUACACGACUAUGCAGGACCAGGUACCGAUACAACAAGAGCCUCAAAACGCGACGGGUCACUUGUCCUGGUUUGAGAACUAUACCUUUGAUUGGAACGAAUGGCCAACUUUCUUUGCACAGUUGGACAACACAGCAAGUCCCGUUGACGGAUGGGGAAUUUCGAUGUGA